AUGGCUACAAUCAUCUUCCAACUGCUCGCAGCACUGAUGGUCCCCUGCAUCCUCCGGGCAGAGCCUGCAGCAAUGGCAGUCGAGACGGGGAGUGACGAUGCAGAGUCCUAUCUCGACGACCCUGAGCCUCCCAUGAGCGAACAACUAAUCAAUACAAUGACGGAAGCUCCCGACCUUUACGAAGGAGACAUUAUUCUGGACCCGGAUCUGCGAGAAACCAUAGAGGGGCUGGGGAUGCUGGAGAGCGAGCGGGCUCGCAGAGCCAUCACACUCAGCGAGAGCAGAAGGUGGCCCGAUGGAAAAGUCCCCUACGUUAUCUCCAGCAGCCUGGGCAGCAAAGCAAGGAGCGCAAUAGAAGCUGCCGUGAGGGAUUAUGCAGCUCAAACAUGCAUCCAACUCUACCCAAGAGGCUCAGAGCGUGACUAUAUCCAUUUCUACAAAGACAGGGGGUGUUUUUCUAGUGUCGGGAGAGUUGGAGGAGGUCAGAGGAUCUCCAUUGGGGUUGGCUGUGAGUACAAGGGAAUUGUCAUGCACGAGAUAUUCCACGCUCUCGGACGUUGGCAUGAGCAAAGUCGGCCUGACAGGGACGCUUACGUCACCAUCAAAUACGACAACAUAAAAAACGGAGUUGAGACCAACUUUAUGAGGCUGGGGUCGGAGCUGGUGAAGACUCAGGGAGUGCAGUACGACUACCGUUCCAUCAUGCAUUACUCUGGCUAUGCAUUCUCACGCAAUGGACGACCAACAAUUGAACCCAAAGACAGGAGUGUGAAGAGCAGUAGUCUCGGUCAGAGGGUUGGUUUCUCCAGCAGAGACAUUCAGCACGUACUGGCUCUCUACUGCACAGCUGAGGAGGCUAGCUGGGGUACCUGGGGUUCCUGGACCUCCUGCAGUAGAACAUGUAACGGAGGAAUUCGGAGUCGCCAGAGGUCGUGUGAAGGAGGCACAACUUGCAUUGGCAGCAACAUCGAGGAGCAGACGUGCAACAGCCAGGCCUGCCAGGUGGCGGCCCAGUGGUCUGCGUGGAGUAGCUGGAGUGGCUGCUCAGCCUCCUGUGGGGGAGGCAGGCAGGCCAGGAAUCGAAGGUGCCUCAAUGGCAACACGUGUGCAGGAAACACUGUCGAAUACCGGAGCUGCAACACCCAGGCCUGCCAGGUGGCUCAGGGGACCUGGUCCCUCUGGUCUUCCUGGAGCUCCUGUUCUGCCUCGUGUGGUGGAGCCACGCAGACUAGGGCCAGGCAGUGCCUCAGCGAGCCUUGCGAAGGCCCCACCUCACAACACAGGACCUGCAACACUCAACAAUGUCCCAGAGAGUCAGUGGGUCUAAGACAUGAAGGAUGUUACAGAGUGCUGUCAGGCAACGGGCUGUUUCUCCUGGAAGGUAGAACCAGCGAACUCAAGGACAACCCAUUCCGGAGAACUGAGCCGGUACCGAAGUGUGCCAGAGCUGCAACACAGAACUCCUUCUCCAUCAUUGGUGUGUCUGCUGGAUACUGCAUUUCUGGCAACGAAAGGCUCUCAGACUUCACGGAAGUUGCCUCAAACUUGUGUAAAGACGGGAGAGGUGCCUAUGGAAGAGGGCUGUUCCACAUGGACGUCUAUACAAUCACAGACAGAUCAGUCUUCAGAGAUGAUUCCCAGCCACAGAGUGACGAGGCUAAUGGACAGGAGUCCACCCCUACCAGUGGCACCAGUGACUUCAGGACCUCCACUUUGACAUUCUUCAUCAUAACCACCCUUAUCAUGAUCUUCAUUUAA